UAAAUGAAUUUGUAAUUUCCCGCGAUUUCUUUCGGUACUUCUCUAGAGAAUUUUCUAAUUUGGUAUUGCAACUAUUUACAUGGAGAGAAACACGGUCUUCAAACAAAAUGUAUGGAAUAUUAUGUAUGGUAAGAAUGGAUCUUCAGAUCAUUCUGAGAGUGAGGACGAAGGCGAGAUAACUCCAUCCAUUCAGUCUAAAAAACCAGUGCAUGAAGUAAAAACCUACAGUGUACUUCCUCCUCCUACAGACUAUACCCCAACUGGACCACUGGAAGAAAACAAUGGAGAGGGUGAACCAUCAGAUUCAUCAUCAAGCUGUGCCAGUGAAAAGCCAGUAAGAAAAAGGAGUAGGAAAAACAAAAGACACACAGAAAAAUGUGAUGAGGAAAAAUGUCAUCAAUAUGACACAAGUGACAAAAAAUUGACAAAGAAUCAAAGGAGGAAAUUAAAAAAGAAAAGAAGGAAAGAUAAGCAGAAAAAUGAAGAUAAAAGUGUUACAUUUUCUUUCAUUCCCUCAGAAGAUAAUCAGAAUUCUGCUGAAACAACAAGUAAUAAUGAAAUACAAAAUAAUGUUGCUGACUUAUCAAACUUUUUGGAUGCUGUAUGGGAUGUGUAUAAACUUCAAGAUAGAGAAAAAUCAGUUGAGCAGCAAGAACUUUUUGAUGAAUUAAAUAAAUCACUGAGCUUGUUAGAUAUUCACGACAAAGAAACUGCAAAUCAAUUAAACAUCAUACAAAAUAUAAAAAGAUUAAUUUUACUUGGUGAUGUGAAGUCUGCAGGGAAUUUGAUGUCUAGCAUGAAAUCUGAUUGCUGUUUCUUGUCUCCAGAUGUGUUUAAUUUUAUCAUCAGUCUUUUUGAAUACUGGAUGAAGGAUAUUAGUGGUAAAGGAUGAGAUGGACAAACGAAUGACAGAAUCAGUGAUAAAAGAGAACUUCUCAGAAGGUCGAAAUAAAUGACUACAGUGUCUUAGAUGUCAGAGUUAGAAGUUAAAUCAUGAACUGAUGCACUGGAAUGGUAGCAUUGAUCCAGACAUGAUAGAUUAUGCAGAGAUUUUUUCUAAAAUAUGGUCAUAUUAUUUAUUUAUAUACAAACUAUUGAAAUGUCAUUUACAAGUUGAUAUUAGAUAAAUGUAUGGAAACUAGUAUGCCUUCAUUGCCAUACAAUAUAAUGAAAAUGUAUGAUACUGAUUACAGUGCAUAUGACACAAGUUUGUAGAAUAAUCUUCACCAGGUACAUUCAAGGUCAAAAGCUGGGAUACAAAAACAGAACAGACAAAAGCAUCUCAGGAUAACUUUGCCUGAGGGGUUCAGUUUUGAUUGAUAGUAUUAUAAUACAAUACAAUACAAUACAUCUUCUAUGUCAUUUGGUCUCUUGUGGAGAGUUGUCCCAUUGGCAAUUAUACCAUAUCUUCUUAUUUUUAAAUAUAAGUUGAAAUUGUUUUUAAAGGGAUGACUAAUUUUAAACAAACAAUACAUGACAAAAAUUAACCAUCUACAACUAGAUGGAGGAAGUAAUUGGACCCUCAGAUGCUCACCCUCCCUGUUCAGUGGUCUUAAGUUGGUAGACAUUAUUCCUUCUAUUUUCUACAGAAUGAUGAUUCUACUCCUGCUGUCUGUCCAUCCGUCAGUUCGGCAACUCAGCUUUCCAUACUUUUUUUCUUCGUUCUUGAAGAUAUUGAUUUGAUAUUUGGUAUAUAGUUUUAUCAUGACAAGUUAUAGAUCAAGUUCGAAUUUUGUUCCGGUCUGAUGAUUUAGUCCAGAGUUAUGGUCCAUGAAAAAACUUCAUAACUAAUGUUAGUGUACUAUGUUAAACCAUAUAAUCUGUACAAAGGGAGAUAACUCAUUUUUUAAAAGACAUUCUUUGGUAAAUUGUUUGAGGAAUUUUGUGGCAGGUUUAUAUGUUAUUUUGUAUAAACUUAUUUUCUGAAUGCUACAUGUAUAUAUAUAUAUAUAUAUUUUUAUUAAGUGAAAUCCUUUAAUUAGAUAAUAAUCUAUUUUUAUUAAGGUAUAUAUUUCAUUACAUUACAUUGUGUAGUUAAAAGUUGUUGACAUUUUAUAGGUAAGUUACAAAUCUAUAUUAGUUUGUGACAAAUGAAAGAAAAAAUAUUUGGAACUAUUAAUUAUAUUUGAUUGAAAUUUGAAAAUAGAUAUACAUUGUAUUACAUCAUAUCUAAUGUUAGAGUGUUAUAGGUUUUCCACACUUUUUUUCAUCAUGCUUAAAAAUAUUGAUUGACAAUUGGUAAAUAGUUUUAUCAUGACAAGUUACAGAUCAAGUUCAAAUUUUUGUUUAUGUCUGAUAAUUUUGUGCAGAGUUAUGGUCCUUGGACUUGAAAAAAUUCACUCAUAUAUUCAGUUUUCCACAGUUUUUAGUCAUGCUUGAAGAUAUUGACUUGAUAUUUUCUUUUUGUUUACACCAUGACAAGUUAUAGAACAAGUUAGCAUUUUGUUCCAGUAUAAUGAAUUUUUACCCGGUAGGGGACUAUGUAUUGCCAUGCAAUACUCUCAGAAUGCUUGUUAAGGGUGAAUUACUACAUUUUAGACCAGGAAAUGGUGGCAAAUAACAUUUAUUUUUAUUUCUUGUAUAUAUUUGUUUUUUUUUAGAUGAGUUAAGUUUAUGCCCCCACAAGCCUGCAAAAACGUUUUAUUUGUAGAUUGUAAACAGGGCUGUGGAAAGAAAUGCAGAUAACGCAAGUUUCAUAUUGCUUGUUUGUUUCUAGCAAUACUUUCGCUCUUUAAAUAUUUGUUAUGACUUUUGUUAUGACAAUUUGUGCAACACGUUUUAAACAUUGCCAUUAAUAUUUUAUGGGGAUAGGCAGCUAAUCUGUAGAUUUAUUUAUUUGAAAUAUUUUUGAAAGAUUGUGGUUGUUCAAAGAUGUUUUUUUGUCUAACAAUCCUCAGUGUAUGAAAUCGAUAAAAAGAUGAACAAAUCACAAUAAACUAAUUUUAUGACA